AUGUCCCCAACGUCCUCACCAACUCCCACCUCCGCUCAAGCGCGCACUCUCGCUGAGCACAUAUCCGUGGAACAGAUCGGACCCAAUGUCUUCCAAUCGCGCUACAAGCCCGAGAAGAUGGGCAACGCCGCCAACAUCGCCUACGGCGGGUGCGCCCUGGGCGUCGCCGUCAACGUAGCCUGCCAGACCGUCCCCUCCCAGUAUCUCCUCUACUCGGUAACAGGACACUUUCUAGCCCCGGUGUCAACCGAACAAAAACUCACUUGCUCCGUCCGCCGCCUCCGGGAUACACGAACCUUUGCCACACGACAGGUCGAAAUCACGCAGGAGCAACCCGACAAGACUUCCAGACUGUGCAUGAUCAUCCUAGCAGACUUCCAGAAAGCGGGCGAGCGAGCCAUGCUCAGCUACUUCACCCCGCCGGACCGAACAUACUCGCCCCCAGAGGCCUGUCGUACCCCGCAGGAGAUCGGCACCGACAUGGUCAGGCGCGGGGUCCUCACCGAGGAGGCCUUCUCACAGUACACGACGCUCUUCAGCCUCAUCGCCCGCUUCUUCGAGACACGACAAACGCCGGAAGGCGUGUCGGGCCAGAACUUCAACGGGAUGGCCAAGGCCCACCCCACCGGUCAGGACGCUUUGCCCCUGACGGCCCGGACCUCGGCGGACUGGUUCCGCGUCCGGGACCCGAUGCACCACGGCUCGGAGGAGUACGCGGGCCUUGCCUUUGUGCUGGAUGCGUUUUUGAGUUUUCUUCCGCUGGCGCAUAGUGGGAUGUUUCUGGACGAUGCGGGCGCCUGUGCGUCGUUGGACUUCUCGAUGCGCGUGUUCUCGUCGGAUUGGGGUUUGGAGAAGUGGCACCUGCGCGAGUUGAAGACGGUCGCUGGCGCAGAUGGGCGGACGUAUACGGAGGCAAGAAUGUGGGAUCAGAGUGGGCGGUUGGUGGCGAACAUGACGCAGCAGUGUAUUCUGAGACCGAAGAGGGAGCCCAAGGCGGUACUUUAGGGCUGGGUGGAUUUGUGUUGCCGGUGGCAUAGCAUGAUAGGUAGUAGUGGAAAGGCGGACGGCUGGAUGGGCAUAGAAGAUAGAGGUCCUGGAGGUUAUAUCGGAGAGCUGCAGAUACAGACAUUGGAC